AUGUUCCAGGCUCUAGCAGUUUUGCACAUCUUUUUCUCUUCUCUGACUUCGCUCCAGGCUGAAGAGUUUUUUGACAUGGUGGCCACAAUCCAGGCCCGGAGGCUCAAUGACCAGCGGGCUGAUUUUGCAGGGCCCGAAGCUGCAAGCGAAGAGAAUCCUGGGAUAUCGGAAGACCAACUCUAUGACACUAUUCUAGCUCACCAGAGCCAGCGUCUUGAGGAUCAGCGCACGGAGCCUCCUAUCCCGGUCGGAAUUCAAGGGCUGCUGGAUUUGCUGCUCUCAGCUCAAGGAACCCGGAUGGAAGACCAGCGCUCUGCACUCCCUCCGGGCCUCGCUGCCCCGCCCUUGCUAGGAAGACAGCCCUCCUUUCUCCAUGGAGUAUGAAACUCUGCCUUCCUUCACCAUUUGGGAGCUCGAAAAGAUUUUU